AUGGCGGUGCAAACUGAUAUUGAGGCCAAUCAUAAUACUUUGAGUCAUGUUGGAGACAUGACGGCGGUUAAAACUUGUCGCAAUAUCAGGUGCAAAGUAGAAACAAAUGAGGUCGCAGCUAAACGCCCAACGGCUCUGUCCCACGCAUGUGUCUCAUACAAGGAAAGCAGCUUUACAGAAGCAGGGAAGAAAAUUGUUGCGGUAGACAGCCCCGUUGGACGUUUGGGUCUGACAGUUUGCUAUGAUUUGAGGUUCCCUGAGAUUUAUCAGCAGUUGAGAUUCAAUCAUGAAGCACAGGUGUUGUUGAUACCUGCGGCUUUCACAAAAGUUACUGGCCAGGCACACUGGGAAAUUCUUCUUCGUGCUCGUGCCAUAGAAACGCAAUGUUAUGUUAUAGCUGCUGCACAAGCUGGAAACCAAGGAAAUGUUGUUGAAUCUCAAGUUGUAUUCGAGCUAUGA